AUGGCCCUUUCACUCACCGGUUCGCUCCGCCCACGGCUGGUUUCAAUGGAGGGCGUUGAUUGGAUCAACUUCUGGGCUCAUUGUAGAGAGGUAUUCCCGGACAGAUUAGGGUUCCGGCAUCGAACAAGGGCUCCGGUGAAGAGGCGAGGGAAGUCAUCGUUGCAAUCUGGUGCAAUUCUAAGCACCAAUUGUUUUCUCCCCCUCAUAAUUGGCGCCGUCUAUGGGAAACGAACCCACGACCACGUGGUGGAAGAAGAUCAAAUCACACCAGAGGAGCAGUUGGGUGAAGGAGGAGAUAAAUCCCCACCAGGGGCUCCGAAGAAGGCCGGAGGGGGAUAUGUGAAGACCACGAGCAAGGGCCACCCCCAGACUAUCCAUAAUAACCCCGAGAACAGGGAGGGUAGGACAGCCACGGAGUCCACAAGAAGGAGUAGGUCCCAACGUGGAGGAGAAUCAGUGGCACACUUGAGGAGCGUGCAUAACAAUAAGGGUAUUCUCGAUAAAAAGAGACAGGAAAUUGAGGAGUACACUUGUUUAAUCAGAAAAAGAGAGCAUGAGAUUCGAGAGCUAGAACGAAUCCGAGAACAUCCAGAAGACUUUACACUUUCACGAAGAAAUUCCAGGGAAGACAGGCUGGCUCUAGUAACACACAAAAAGAUUCCAUCACGAGGAACAAGGAGCCGGAGGAGGAGUCCUAACCCAAGGCGAAAGAGAGCUUCUUCAAGAAAAAGAAGGAGCAGAAGUCCAACUAGGAUUCUUAACAAGCGAAGGGCUUCCCCACGAAAGGGGAGAAGCAGAAGCCGAAGCUCCUCGUCUGAGGAAGGUCCCAGGAAACACCAUAGGGACAGAAACGAGGAUGACAUACUCCGGGAAGAUGGUAAGGUGGUUGUCGAGCAAGUCAAGGGGCCCUCGAAGAAAGCAGAUAAGCCCGAGCUCAAAACCUACCGAGAGAGGAAAGACUACGGACAGGCUAGGAAAGAGCCAUAUAAAGAUAAGCCCGCACCUAAUCCCAAGUCUUUCUUUUCCAUUACCACAGUUUAG